AUGGCUCCACCAACUGCUACCAUCACCGAGGUUGUGGCCUCUGCCGGCAAUGCUGUGAGAGACAACUUUGCUGGCGAGGGUAACACCCUGGCCCAGCCUAGCACCGGCUCUGGCUACGCCCUGCUUGACGAAUUCGCCGGCAAAUGGGAAGACUUCAAGUUUGCCCCUAUCCGUGAGAGCCACGUCUCUCGUGCUAUGACUAGCCGCUACUUCAAGGACAUGGACACCUAUGCCGAGAGUGACAUCGUCAUUGUUGGUGCUGGCUCUUGCGGUCUGAGCACCGCCUAUGUCCUUGGAAAGGCCCGUCCUGACCUGAAGAUUGCUCUCAUCGAAGCCUCCGUCUCCCCUGGUGGUGGUGCCUGGCUCGGUGGUCAAUUGUUCUCCGCCAUGGUCUUAAGGAAGCCAGCCCACCGCUUCUUGGAGGACCUGGGUGUCCCAUACGAGGAAGAAGCCUCCAACCCAAACCUCGUCGUUAUCAAGCACGCCGCUCUCUUCACCUCUACCCUUCUCUCCAAGGUCCUCUCCUUCCCCAACAUCAAGCUCUUCAACGCUACCUGCGUUGAAGACUUGAUCACCCGUCCUCUCGCCUCUGAGCCAUCUGGCUUCCAAAUUGCUGGUGUCGUCACCAACUGGACCCUCGUCACCCAGCACCACGACGACCACUCCUGCAUGGACCCUAACACCAUCAACGCUCCCCUAAUCAUCAGCACCACUGGCCACGACGGUCCCUUCGGAGCUUUCUGUGCCAAGCGUCUCGUCUCCAUGUCUGCUAUCGAGAAGCUCGGAGGCAUGAAGGGUCUGGAUAUGAACUCUGCCGAGGAUGCCAUUGUCAAGAACACCCGUGAAGUCACCAAGGGUUUGAUCAUUGGUGGAAUGGAGCUCUCUGAGAUUGAUGGGUGGCACCGUAUGGGACCAAUCUUCUCUGCCAUGAUGCUCAGCGGCUUCAAGGCCGCCGAGGUCGCCCUCGAAGUCUUCGAGGAGAGAAAGAAGGAGUGUGCCGCAUAA